CUUUUAUUAACCGAAAUGGGAGAAAGCAAAACUCUUCCUACGUAUUUCUGCAGAAACUGUGAAAAUCCACUAGCUCUCGGUGAAGAUCUCAUCUCCAAAAAAUUUGUGGGAGCUUCAGGGCCAGCGUUUAUGUUUUCGCACGCGAUGAACGUGGUGGUUGGACCCAAGAUUGGGAAGAAAUUGUUAACCGGAUCGUACGUGGUGGCAGAUGUAAUGUGUAGUAAGUGUGGUGAGAAGUUGGGUUGGAAGUAUGUGGAGACCUUCAAUCUUAAACAGAGGUACAAAGAAGGCAUGUUUGUGAUCGAAAUGCUCAAGAUGAACAAGAAAUAAUGAAACUCUUGUCAAGUAUACUCUUUUUUGGGUACAGUUAAAAACAAAAAAAGAUGUGGCUUAUAUAUCUAUUUACCCUCCCGGGUUUGUAUGAUUGUCAAUAUAUAGGUUGAUCAAGUUUAUAAUAAUUUUAUGAGAAAUUACUUGUAAUGAAUCAUUACUAUGAUUCAAAUCAUAUGUGAUAUUACUAACAUUGAAGAUCGGUGGUUUCUCUCUACGGAUCUUGUCUGAUUUCUUCACUUGGUUAACGUCUUAAAGCAACAGAGCAACUAC